CUACGCCGGCUUUGUUGCCAAACUGUGCCAUCCUUCCCCAAUUCCGAUCUUACCCAACUUCCUCUUGAAAGGAUCCCUGAGCAGAGCUUAUCAGCCCUUAGGAACAAAGAAUUUUGGGAAACAUAGGGCUGAAGUCGUCUCUUUUUCUCCCUUUAAGCUGUCCCUGAGCAUCUCACACCAUGGCAGUUCCUGAAACCCGUCCCAACCACACUAUUUAUAUCAACAAUCUCAAUGAGAAGAUCAAGAAGGAUGAGCUCAAGAAGUCCCUGUAUGCCAUCUUCUCCCAGUUUGGCCAGAUCCUGGAUAUCCUGGUGUCUCGGAGCCUGAAGAUGAGGGGCCAGGCCUUUGUCAUCUUCAAGGAGGUCAGCAGCGCCACUAAUGCCCUGCGUUCCAUGCAAGGUUUCCCCUUCUACGACAAGCCCAUGCGCAUCCAGUACGCCAAGACUGACUCAGACAUCAUUGCCAAGAUGAAGGGUACCUUUGUGGAGAGAGACCGCAAACGAGAGAAGAGGAAGCCCAAGAGUCAGGAGACACCAGCUGCCAAAAUGGCUGUUCAGGGUGGGGCUGCUGCCCCCGUGGUGGGCGCUGUCCAGCCUGUUCCGGGUAUGCCACCGAUGACUCAGGCACCCCGCAUUAUGCACCACAUGCCAGGCCAGCCUCCUUACAUGCCACCACCUGGCAUGAUCCCGCCACCGGGCCUUGCUCCUGGCCAGAUCCCCCCUGGGGCCAUGCCCCCACAGCAGCUCAUGCCUGGACAGAUGCCGCCUGCCCAGCCUCUCUCCGAGAAUCCACCCAAUCACAUUCUGUUCCUCACCAACCUGCCUGAGGAGACCAAAGAGCUCAUGCUGUCCAUGCUUUUCAAUCAGUUCCCUGGCUUCAAGGAGGUGCGUCUGGUUCCCGGGCGGCACGACAUCGCCUUUGUGGAGUUUGACAAUGAAGUGCAGGCUGGGGCAGCACGAGAUGCCCUGCAAGGCUUUAAGAUCACGCAGAACAAUGCCAUGAAGAUCUCGUUUGCCAAGAAGUAGCGCCUUCCCCCAUGGGGCAUCUCAGUCCCCAUUCCGGGGCUGCCCUUUCCCUCCCCCUUGGCUCAGUCCCUGAAGGUAAGUCCCCCUUGGGGGCCUUCUCAGAGCCGUGAGUGAGUGUGUGGUUGCCACACAGCAUUGUACCCAGAGUCUGUCCCCAGACAUUGCACCUGGCGCUGUUAGCUUGUGAUUAAAGUGGUUUUUUUGAAAA